AGAGAGAGAGAAGACUUAACUUUUAAAAAGUCAUUUUUGGUACAAUAAUCUUCUGUGAAAACCACAUACAAUUUAUCUGCGAAACAUUUUAUCAAAGAAUGGACAUUCCUGUUAAAGUGAAUUAUUCAUUUUUAUACUGAAACGUAGAGGAGAAAAUAUGGAGACGAGACCUGUGGACAUGAUCCUAAUCACUCAGAAGCCAGAGAGGCAGUGAACUGCACAUUAAACACUGAUAGAAUCAAAUGCAUUCAAACAUUUCACUUGUAUGCCUUACUUCUACACAAUUUCCACUGCAUACUGAUGAGGCAGACUCAUUACGCUUCUGUAGAAAUGACCACAAAGGGGCUUUCUCAUGAAUAUUACUGUACAGAGCUAGAUCACUGAUAUUUUGGAUAGUAACAUCUUACUUCAUAUAAAUGCAGUGGAGAUUUUCAAGUAUCAAGGAGUGUCUGCUUUUUUAUUUCUGAAUGCAUAUUUGUCUUUUUAUCAUGUCUAUGAAGCAACAAGUUUACUGCAUCACAGGGUUAUUAAUGCAAUUUGAAUUUACAUGUAAAAUUCCUGAUUCAGUAGUUUCUCUAGAUGGCAGUGUUAAGUCAAACAUUUCUCUGUGUACCUGAGUGCAUUGUACACUUCACUGAGAGGUCUCUGUGUAUAUGCUGAAUUAGGUGCAUGUGUGUAGGAGUGUGUCUGUGUGUGCCUGUGUGAAAAACAUUGAUGUGUCACCUUGAUUUUUAAUUAUUUAUUUAUUUUUAUGUCAGACCAGCUGGCUUGGGAAAUGUUGUCACUCAUUGCAUAUCGAAAUAGUGACACUUUCUUAACAUGUCAUAGCUAAAACCACACUGGUAGUUAAGGCUAAAGACUUCAGGGUAUCUGUCUCUGUACUCCCUUUGUGAGAUCUUGACAUGCAUGUUGAUCUCCCUAUGUAUAUCAAUAUUUACAAGAGUAAUAAUCAGGCAGGCAGCUGUGACAAAAUAUGACAAGCACCUGCUCACUGAAUUUCUUGAUAAAUAGGUUUGCCAGCACUUUUCAUGAUCAACUGUGAAAGUGAAAUAUGCAGCUCAUGCAGCUCCUGGGGUAGUGGAGGCACAAUAGUAUGGUUUAAUUUAUCAUCCGUAUGACAGUGAAUCUGAACUCUUAUAUCACCUUGCUAAUCCCUAUAGCACAUAUGCGAGCACACACACACACACACACACACACACACACACACACACACACACACACACACACACACACAUACUCACACACACAGGCACACACACACACGGUUGGUGGACACCCGUGUCAACAUGAACUAGACAGUCCCAAAGGAUCUGCAGUUAUGGGGCAUAUGGGGUAAAAUUGCAAUUAUUUUUCUUUUCAAUCUGACUCAAGUGAUUCAUCUAACAAAUAGCUGUCAUCUAAGCUCUUGAUUAACAGUGUGUCUCAGACCCUGGGGUGCAUCAUUUGCCCUUUUCCACUUAGUGGGAGUGCUGCAAUGAAAUUCUGCACUUCAGUUAGAAACCCCACCAAAGCUCUCUUCUCAUUUUGAAUUCUGUUCCCCUGUAACAAGUACCUAACCUGUUCUGCCAAUUCUGUAUAAUUAUAGUGGAGAAGCACACAUUCCAAAGAAUACUGCAAUGAUACACAUAUACACUCAGUGGCCAGUUAGUGCAUUUUCCAUCUCUCACUAUGCACAUUUGUCAGCCUCCUCUUCCUUGUCCAUUAGUGGGAAUGGACCACCACUGACCUGAUAGUAUUUAGGUGGUAAAUAAUUAUAAUAAUUAUCAGCACAGUAGUGACACUGACAUAGUAGUAUCAUGAUAGUGUGUGUGUGCGUUUGUGUGUGUGUGUGUGUGGGGGGGGUACUAGUACAUGUGUAUCUAAUGUGUAUCUACAGACAUAGCACCUUAAUAUCAAUGGUAGGCUGAGAAACAGUCCACCAACCAAAAUAUCCAGGCAGCAGCACACCGUUGCUCAGAAACUAGCACUCAUGAAGGGACAUAAUAUGACUGUAACAGUCAUGUGCAGCUAUGGUCUCUCACUUAUUCACAACAGUCUGCACCACAAUGUUCACAGUGUUUAACAAUCCCAGCAACAUUGCUGUACCGCAUACAAUAGGACCAACACCACACACAGACACACUAAAAUGCCAGUGUCACUACUGAGCUGCUAAGGAUUAUAAGCCACCUGAAUAAUAUUUGGUAUAUGAUGUUCUUAUGGUGGUCAUUUUCAUUGAUUUAGUGGACUGACAAACUGUGCACAGUAACAUCUAAGCUACAGUCAAUAACUAUAUAUCUGUAAGGUGCACAUAUAUGGCAUACAUUUUGGUGUAUCUGAAAAAAUGGCGAAUAAGUGGUGUAACUACAAUGUAUAUAUUCCAAGUAAGAUGGCCUCGGAGUGUAUGUACACCAUACCUAGUACUUUUUAUUAUAAAAAAUUCUCUGUGGUGAUGAUGGACAGAAGAACAUGUCAUGUUUUAAGAAGAGAAAUGGGUGGUUGUAAGUGGGCUUGGUAUGCAGACCAGAGGUGAUGCUCAGCCUCUGUGAAAACGCCAAUCUAACACACCAGAAACUUGCAAAGAGAAGCAGAGUAGGUAAGCAUAAGUACACUACACAGGGACAGAUUCAAUUCACUGGCUUAUAAAGCAUGGGCAGAGGGUGGUGAAGAAACCUGGGUGUGGAGUCAGUGGGGCAACUCCUGGCAUGUUCACACGUGCCAGCGGGCACGUGGAAGUGUAGCAGGACCCAAAGAUUCAGUCUAAGCAUCACUGCUGUUAACAGGGCCAAAGACCUCCACCACAAUGGUAGAAUAAUUAUUAGCACAAGGGCUUUGCAUCUUUAGAUGUGCUUUUCUUUUUGUCUAACUUUCCUACUACUUAAACACAAAAGGUUAGCUGUUGUACAAAUAGAGAAAGGAUCUUAUAUUGAAUGAAUUUAAGUGAUAUAUCACUUGUAUGGCAGUGAGCUAUGCAAUUAGGCCACUUUGUGUCUAUUUGUAGCUUUGUGUCAAAGGCACUGGCAGGCGGCAGUAACCUACAUAAAGUACUUUGUGUCAUGGAAAUGUAAUUACUCUUUGAAUUAUAGCAAGAUUUUUUUUCCUCCGCUAAAAUUCUAACAACACACUCAGCCUCAUUUGAGCCAAUGAACCAAAACAAAAUGUCUUCCAGACUCCCUAAACAAAAUUAAGAAUGACAAUGUGUUAAUUUAGUCAAAGUACAGUUGAAUCCCUUCAAAAUUAGAAGAAAAAAUAAUCUAUAAAGAAUUACCUGUAAGUACUUGUACUGUGAAUUAUAGGAGGAGCUCAAAGUGCAGCAUUUUCUCUCACUAGUGUAUUAUAUAUCAUAAAGUGAUUGCACAAAAUAUAGUAACAGACGCAUACAAAGCAAUGUAAAUGCAAGAGGAAGCAUGUUUUACAAAGCAGAGCUCUGUUGCUAGCUUGGGGUUGAGGAAUAUAACAAACAGUUGUUUUGUGGUUUCAGCCUGAAAGCCAGAGCUUUAUAGAGGCUAGUACUGCAGAUGCAUACACUUCCCUGGAGCGUGUUGUGGGUUGUCCACUGUGUGGGCAGUCUUCAGUAGCCCGUGUGCUUUCAGUUCCAAAAACAUGAACUUGACUUUGUGUCUUCCACAUUUGAUCUCAUGGCCCUGCAGAGUCCCUGACCAGUGGCGAUAAGGCACAGACAGAAAGCCAUUAAAACAGUUUAAUACUGUCAGCAUGCUUCAUCCACCAUGUGCUGGGGUUCACAUGUAACUAACAUCUAACAUACUUUUUUUUUGUUCUAGGUUUACAAAGCAUUCAAUCAACAAAGUGAAAAUGUAUUUCAUUUAAGAGCAUAAUAUUAUCUUUGUGCGUGGCACAGCACUGAAGUGGAGAACAGCUCCCUUACCCUGAGGGUGCACUAGGGAUAAGUAGCACUCACAAAGCCCUGAUUAACCCCUACAACCUGGAAUCAGAUUCAGGCCAUGAGCUUCGGUGGCUUGGAGUUAUAAAAGUUGCAGUGGUAAUAUUCUCCGAUGUUAGAUAGUAUAUGGCCCUCCCAGCAUGACUUUUGUAGCAUGUAGGGAGUGUUUACAUAGACAAACAAACAAACACACAAAUAAAGUUGAACAAACACACCACAAAAUGAUAUCUUUACAAGUAAAAGUAUCUUGAAUAUAAGCAAAUAACUACUUUUUUUUAAUUUGAUUAUUUUAAAACGAAUAUGAUUAUUAAUCAUAUUUCUAGAUUUUUUUUACUCCUUUCAAGCUUAAAUUGUCCAAAUCUAUUGGCAAAUAAUUUGAUUUGUGUUUAUUUCUAGAAUGAAACAAAGUGAUCUGCCAGUAGAAUAAGAUGAUUUUUCAAGCUUGAAAUUAGUAAAUAUGUCUAGAAAUAGGCUUACUUGUCCUAUAUUUGUGAUAUAAUCUCAUACAAUCUCAUAAUUAGAACUAUUACAUAACCUUUCCUUUAUUCAAGAUAUCUUCACUUGUUCUAAUUUUUUUUUUGCAGUGUAUCAAAUGGCCCAAAUGCUGAGCAAAUCUUUCUACCACCACACAAAGAUAAGAUCUUGAGAAAAGCUAGCAAUAAAAUUUGAGACAUGAUUAAGACAGAGAGCAAAACAGAAGCUGUUAUCAUAUGUCGUCACAUGAACAAGACAAAAUCCCUGAAGCAAAACAUUGUUGUUUUAUAGAAAAUUGCAAGGAAAAUUACAAGGAACAUGCUAGGGCAUUAACGCUAUGAAAGUAGCAUUAUAAAUAUCUGUGAUCAUUUAUGCCAUAAUGGCAAAUGUCCCUUAGAGUCCUAGACUCAUUAUGUAGUAUGCAGGUUAUUUUAUAUGUUUAAUCCACCUAAUCCCAAGGGAAGGUUUAUCUUCAGAGCACUUGACAUUUGGGGAUAACUUGAUAUCCAAUGUUAUUUGUGUCGCUGUUAGAUAUUCCCAUCUCAUUCUCUAUUUAUGGAAAUGGAUUUCACGAUUUGCUCCCUACAAUGAUUCUGGAUGAGAUUUAUGGAGUGAUAUCUUUGCCAAACCUCAGGUGGUGUAUAAAGAAAAAAAACUUAUUACCCUACUCCUAACCCUGUGGAUAUGUCUUUGCUUGUCUACCAUUAUUUAUUUAGCGCUGUCCUUAUUUGUCUAUUAGUGUAUGUCACAGACAAUCAUCUAGUCAUUUAUGAUUAUGAACUCAAAACCGUUUACCAAUGUCAGUACUGUUUUCAAAAACAUGCUCAUUAUUGCAAAUUGGUUAGAAUUCACACAAGUGGAGGUGCAAGGGUGCUGAAAAGUGUAAAUAACUCCAGAGAAAACGCUCAGUACAUAAAAUAUCCAAUGGCCCAAAAUUUGUGCUGGUUUCCCUGCUUAUAUGAAAAGUUAUAGGUAUGUUUAGGGGUGAGGGUGGGGGAAUAACAUUUUUAUUCUUUUUCUUUAUGACAGCCUAGUGACAAAUCUAGUGAUUUUUUUCAAGCAGAAGCAUGGCUUUGCAGCUUACAUCACAGCUGCUGGUAUGAGUUGAGAACAGGUUUGUUUGAAUCUUCAGCAGUAUGUAAAGCCUCACUGAAUUGUGCAGGGACUGAACACUGAACACCAUUGGUCCCAAUAACAGAUCACUGAUCACUAUUGUUUCCAAAGACCGUACACUGAUCAAGAUUGUUCCAAAUAACUAUACACUGAUCACCAUUGUUCCCAGUGACCAUACACUGAUCACCAUUGUUUUUCUACACUGGAUCACUGAUCACAAUUGAUUCCAACAACUCAUCACUGAACACCAUUGUUUGUAACAAGGAUCACUGAUCACCAUCGUUCCCAAUGACCAGUCACUUAAUCACCAAUUUCCCCAAUGCCCAAUCAUUGAUCCCCACUGUUCCCAACAACCAAUAGCUAGCUGAUCAUAAUUUUUUUGUCCCACCUUUGCACUUCUUUAAUCUUCAUUUUAAGCUCUCUUCUUGGCUGUCUACAAUUAAUAAUGGCGUUAUUCCAUCUGUAACCAUUUUCCUUUCUGUCUACUCACCACCACUGCAUCUUCUUGUCUGCACUCUAAAGAAAAUAUUCAUUUUGUCAAUAUGAAUUGUGCUGCCACAAUCAAAGACUUUUUCAUUUUUUUAAGGAAAUCGGUUAUAAUCUAUUAUUCUUUAUUCCAAUAAAAAAUGGGUCUGUAAUGUCAUCUGAUUACUUCUGGUGCCAUUUGGAUUGUGCAUUAUACUACUCUUGCCCCUGGAAAAACAUUGGUGUGCGUGCAUGUGCAUUAGAUAGUGCUGCUGGGUUCUAACCUGCAAGUUACCAACAUAGAAUAAAGUGCUUUGCUUCCAGUUUUGAGUUCACUCGUCAGUAUGAAAUGAAAAUGAAAUGAGCAGAUGAAAUCUCGCUCGCUCGCUGCAGUUCGUAUUAAAACUGGUUCUCUGUUUAGUUGUGUUAUUCACUGCACCACUGUCAGUGAGCACAGAGUCGGUGUUUGGUGUAUGUUUUCCCUCCUUCAGUCUCGAGAAGCCACAUCACCAUGCAGCCGAGUCGCCGCAGUCUAAUCUGUCCGUGAUUGCAAUUCUCAGCCCAUCUCUACCCGCCCCCCACCUCUCUCUCUCUCUCUCUCUUUCUCUCUCUGGUGUCGCGCGCGUUCUCGUGCAGUGCGCACAGAGUCUAAGCGCGAGGAGAGUGUGUGAGUGCGAGUGCACGUUCUACAGCGUUACACACACACACACACACACACCACAAACGUUUCACUGAUCGCCUACACGGCUGCACUCGGACUUCAGUGGCGGUGAAGUGCGGCGGCGUUAGCCCUCACUCGGCCACCAUGUCCCAGUUGCUGCUCGCCGCUCUGCUCCUGUGCGGACUCGAGGAUGUAUUCGCACACGACCACACGCCGAGAACAGCCGCUGCUGAGGAAGAGGCGGUUGUGUGUGAUGUCGGCGAGUUUCUUUGUGAUGACCGUGUGACCUGUGUGUCUGAGAGCUGGCUCUGUGAUGGAGAAGCUGACUGUCCAGACGCCUCUGAUGAAACCCUGCAAAGAUGUACCACAGAAGUAAUAGUCAGAUGUCACCUCAAUCACAUACAAUGUCCUGGAACAAGAAAGUGCAUACACUUCAACAAGCUCUGUAACGGGGCCAAAGACUGUGCGGAUGGCUUUGAUGAAGGAGUUCACUGCAGAGAACUCUUGUCAGCCUGCCACGAGCUUCGUUGCCGCUAUGGCUGCAUCAUGACCAGGAACGGCACAUUCUGCUUCUGUGCAGACGGCUUCGAGGUGGGCGAGGACGGCCGCAGCUGCAGAGAUCAUGAUGAAUGUGCAGUGUAUGGUAUAUGCAGCCAAACCUGCACGAAUAGCUAUGGGUCGUAUCAUUGUAGCUGCACAGAUGGCUACAGACUGCAGGCUAACAGACACUCCUGCAAAGCCGAACAGGAUCCCAGUGAGAGUCCUGCUGCUCUGAUGAUUGCGAGCUUGGAUAAUAUUGUGAUCACAGCGCUUAAUGGAUCUGGUGUGCAGAUCUUGAAAUUCCUUGACUCAAAUGGGACCCAUUCGUUGGACUUUAACCACAACGAGGAAUCAGUGUGCUGGGUCACAUCGUCUAGGUCUGCUGGACAGCUCUGGUGCACCAAAAUGAGGAAACCAAGUGGAUUUUCCAAAGAGCGGGAAAUAAAAUCAGUACAGAAUUUUCACAGUGUAGAACAAAUGGUAAUCGACUGGCUCACAGGAAACUUCUACUUUGUAGACAGAGUGAACGGCAGGAUAUUUGUUUGCAGCUGGACUGGAGAAACGUGUGUCACUAUAAUAGAACUGGACCUGUUGAAUCCAAAAGGAAUAGCUGUGGAUCCUCUCAUGGGGAUGCUCUUCUUUACAGAUUAUGGGAAAGUGGGCAAACUGGAGCGCUGCCACAUGGAUGGCACCAACAGGACCCGGCUUGUGGAUUACAAGGUUGAGCAGCCAACUGCAGUGGCACUGGAUGUGGUAAAGAAGCUGGUCUACUGGGCAGAUGCAUAUCUGGAUUGCAUUGAGGUGGUGGAUUACAAUGGCAAGAACAGACAGAGCAUCAUCCAAGGAAGCCAAGUAGCCUACCUGCAUGGAUUAUCUGUCUUUGAGGACUUCUUGUAUGCAACCUGCUCUGAAUCCCUUGGUGACUCUGUGGUGGACGUAUUGCAGAUAAAUCGCUUUAAUGUCACAGACCCGGAAAUACUAACCAGAAUGGGGAACUUCAGGGCAAUUCGUGUUUACCACAAACUCACUCAACCGAAAGUCAGGAGCCAUGCAUGUGAGGUUAACUCCUACGGUAAAGCAGGUGGAUGCGCUCACCUCUGCCUGCUCAGCGGGAGCUACAAAUCUAGAAGUUGCCGAUGCCGCACUGGCUUCAGUCUAGGGAGUGAUGGCCAGUCCUGCAAAAAACCCAAAAAUGAUCUCUUCCUUUUCUACGGGAAGGGCCGACCUGGAAUAAUCCGUGGCCUGGAUAUAAACAUAAAGUCCAGCAAUGAACAUAUGCUCCCAGUUGAGGAUUUGGUGAAUCCACGAGCACUGGACUACCAUGCUGAAACAGGAUAUAUUUACUUUGCAGACACCACAAGUUUCUUGAUAGGACGCCAAAAGACUGAUGGGAGCAGCCGGGAAACUAUUCUCAAAGAUGAUCUCGAUAACGUAGAAGGCAUCUCUGUGGACUGGAUUGGAAAUAACCUGUACUGGACGAAUGAUGGCUACAGGAAGACUAUCAGUGUGGCCAGACUGGAGAGGGCAGCUGAUACCAGGAAAACUCUGUUAGAGGGAGACAUGUCUCACCCCAGAGCUAUAGUGGUGGAUCCACUCAAUAGCUGGAUGUACUGGACUGACUGGGAGGAGGAUGAGGUAAAUGACAGCAUUGGCAGAAUUGAGAAAGCCUGGAUGGAUGGCUCUCACCGCAAAAUAUUUGUCACCUCUAACAUGCUGUGGCCCAAUGGACUCACUCUAGACCAUGGGAGCAGCACAAUGUACUGGUGCGAUGCUUAUUACGAUCACAUUGAAAGAAUCUACCUCAAUGGCACUGGCAGAAUGGUGGUGUACAACGGCAAGGAGUUAAAUCAUCCCUUUGGAAUUUCACACUACAGAAACUUAGUCUUCUGGACUGAAUAUAUGAAUGCCUCCAUCUUUCAGCUGGAUUUGUUUUCUGGGGAAGUCACUCUGCUAAGAAGUGAGAGACCUCCUCUCUUUGGCCUCAGAGUCUUUGAUGCACAGAGUCAGCAAGGUGACAAUGCUUGCAGGGUGAAUUAUGGAGGCUGUUCUACCCUCUGCUUGGCUAUCCCAGGGGGCCGAGUGUGUGCUUGCGCUGACAACCAGCACCUGGACAGGAACAAUGUCACCUGCACAGACGUGACAGGUGAAGAAGAGCAGCAGCACUGCAGGAGCGAGCAGUUUGAGUGCAGGAAUCAGCGGUGUGUGAGAGCAGCCUGGAAAUGUGAUGGAUAUGAUGACUGCUUAGACGGCAGCGAUGAGGAUGAGCAUGUCUGCGCUAACCACAGCUGUACCAUGGACCAGUUCAAGUGCCCAAAUAAUCGCUGUAUUCCCAAGCGGUGGCUUUGUGAUGGGACAAAUGACUGUGGUGACAAUGAGGAUGAGUCCAACAAAACAUGCUCAGCGGAACAGUGUCAGACUGGUCAGUUCUCCUGUGGAAGUGGUCGCUGUAUACCUGAAUCUUGGCGCUGUGACCGCGACGAUGACUGUGGUGACAUGUCAGACGAGUCCACUUCCUGUACCUUUCCCACGUGUGAGCCGCUUACCCAGUUUAGCUGUGCGAACGGAAGGUGUAUCAGCAUCAAGUGGCGCUGUGAUUCAGAUGAUGACUGUGGGGACAACAGUGAUGAGGAAUUGUGUGCCCACGCCUGCUCCACUGGUCAGUUCCAGUGUUUCACUGGCAGGUGUAUCCCUGAACACUGGGCCUGUGAUGGCGACAACGACUGUGGUGACUUCAGCGAUGAAAAUGUGACUUGUGCAGGCUCUGGUGCUGUAUUGCCCCCUGUGGAAUGCAGCAGUGAGGAGUUCCACUGCCGUGCUGAUGGCACAUGUAUCCCUGAGCGCUGGCGCUGUGAUGGGGACAAAGACUGCGAGGACAGCAGCGACGAGAGCAAUUGUCAAGGCAUCAAGAGGACGUGUGACCCCCAAGCCAAGUUCACUUGCAAAAACUCAGGCAAGUGCAUCAGUAAGAGCUGGGUUUGUGAUGGUGACAACGACUGUGAGGAUCACUCAGACGAGGAGUCAUGCACCUCAUCCAUGUGUGACCCUCCCACACAGCCCUGUGCCAACGACACAUCCACCUGCCUGCAUCCUCACCAGAUCUGCGACGGGAGGAACGAUUGUGCCGACCAAUCAGAUGAAGGCCCAUUUUGUGACAAAUGCUUACAGGUGAAUGGGGGCUGCAGUCAUCAGUGUAGUGUGGCUCCCAGUAGAGGAGUGGUGUGUUCCUGCCCCUCUGGGCUACACUUGGCUUCAGACAAUAAGACCUGUGAAGUGGUGGACUACUGCACCCGACACCUGAAGUGCAGUCAGAGGUGUGAGCAGUACAAAACCACAGUAAAGUGCUUCUGCUACCCUGGCUGGAGGCUCGAUCUGGAUGGGGAGAGUUGUCAUAGCACUGAUCCCUUUGAAGCCUUCAUUAUCUUUUCCAUCCGGCAUGAGAUCAGAAGGAUCGACCUUCACAAGCGCGACUACAGUCUGCUAGUGCCUGGGCUCAGGAACACCAUCGCACUGGACUUCCACUUCAAUCACAGCCUGCUUUACUGGACCGACGUGGUGGAGGACAAGAUCUACAGGGGAAAGCUCUCAGACACUGGAGGUGUUACUGGGAUUGAAGUAGUGGUUCAGCAUGGUUUGGCCACUCCUGAGGGACUGGCAGUGGAUUGGAUUGCAGGAAACCUUUACUGGAUUGACAGUAACCUGGAUCAGAUUGAGGUGGCGAAGCUGAAUGGACGAAUGAGAACUACGCUGAUUGCAGGGGGGAUGGAGCACCCUCGUGCCCUUGCUCUGGACCCAGGCCAAGGAAUUGUGUUCUGGACAGACUGGGAUGCAAACUUUCCACGGAUUGAGGCUGCAUCAAUGUGUGGAAGUGGGAGGCAUGUAGUCUUCAAGGAUAUGGAGAUAGGAGCCUGGCCAAACGGACUAACAUUGGACCACCUGGAGAGGCGCAUAAUAUGGACAGAUGCUCGCUCGGAUGCUAUUUACUCCGCCUUGUACGAUGGCACAGAGGUCAUUGAGAUCCUAAGGGGCCACGAGUACCUCUCACACCCCUUCGCAGUGUCUCUCUUUGGAGGAAGUGUAUACUGGACUGACUGGAGGACCAAUACUUUGGCCAAGGCUAAUAAAUGGACAGGACACAAUGUCACAGUCAUACAGAAGACCAGUGCCCAGCCUUUUGACCUACAGAUUUACCAUCCUAGCAGACAACCACAGACCUCAAACCCUUGUGAGGAGAACAGUGGAAGAGGUCCCUGCUCGCAUCUUUGCCUCAUCGAUUACAACCGCACCGCAACAUGUGCGUGCCCACACCUCAUGAAGAUCUCACCCAACAGCCAUUACUGCGUGGCAUUGAAGAGGUUUUUGCUGUAUGUGAGACGUUCUGAGAUCCGAGGUGUGGACAUCGAUAACCCCUAUAUGAACAUCAUGACUGCUUUAACUGUCCCUGACAUUGAUGAUGUCACGGUCGUGGAUUACGAUGCUCUAGAGGAACGGAUUUAUUGGGCAGAUGUGAAGACUCAAACUGUAAAGCGGGCCUUCAUCAAUGGAACAAGCCUUGAGACGGUCAUCUCUGGAGAUAUUCAGAACUGCCGUGGCCUAGCAGUAGAUUGGCUCUCAAGGAAUAUGUACUGGUUGAGCUCUGAAAAUGAAGAGACCCAGAUCAAUGUUGCUCGCCUGGAUGGAGCACUUAAAACUUCAGUCAUCCAUGGGAUUGAUAAACCAAAGUGUCUGGCAGUACAUCCAGCCAAAGGGAAGAUAUACUGGACAGAUGGGAAUACGAUAAAUCUAGCAAACAUGGACGGGAGUAACAGGAAAGUUCUUCACCAGAACCAGAAAGAUCCAGUAGGUCUCUCAAUAGACUUUCCUGCAAGCAAGUUGUACUGGAUUAGCUCAGCUAAUGGCACGGUCAACAGGUGUAAUCUGGAUGGCAGUGGCUUUGAGGUGAUUGAAACUAUGAAGAAGAAUUUAACCAAAGCCACAGCUCUGGCAGUCAUGGGUGGCAAGCUGUGGUGGGCAGAUGACGAUCUGGCGCAGCUAGGCACAGUGGCAAAGCGAGAUGGCCGUAGCCUUGUGGCACUACGCAAUAAGACCAGCGGAGUGGUUCACAUGAAAGUGUAUGACCGAGAGGGCCAGAAAGGGAGGAACGCCUGUCAGUUGAACAAUGGCGGCUGUUCUCAGCUCUGUCUUCCUACAUCGGAGAACACUCGCAGCUGUGCGUGCACUGUGGGCUACAACCUACGUGCUGACCGCCUCUCCUGUGAAGGCCUGAGCUCCUUUCUAAUGUACUCUGUACACGAGGGCAUGCGUGGAAUCUCACUGGACCCAACGGAUCAUACAGAGGCAUUGAUGCCCAUCACUGGCACUUUGUUUGCUGUCGGAGUGGACUUCCAUGCCGGCAAUGACACAGUCUACUGGACAGACAUGGGCCUGAACCGUAUCUCUAGGGCCAAGAGAGACCAAACAUGGAGAGAACACAUUAUUACCACCGGCAUCAGCAGAGUGGAGGGAAUCGCUGUGGACUGGAUUGCUGGGAAUCUCUACUGGACAGACCAUGGCCUUAACCUCAUUGAAAUUGCUCGGCUGAAUGGCAUGUACCGCUCUGUGGUGAUCUCAGAGGGGCUGGACCAGCCGAGAGCCAUUGCAGUACAUCCACAGAGAGGCUACCUAUUUUGGACGGAGUGGGGGAAGAAUCCUUGCAUAGGCAGAGCACGGCUGGAUGGAUCAGAUCAGGUCACGCUUGUUAGUUCUGGCAUCGCUUGGCCAAAUGGAAUUUCCAUUGACUAUGAGGAAAAUAGAUUAUAUUGGUGUGACGCUCGAACCGACAAGAUAGAGAGGAUCAACCUUGAGACUGGGGAAAGCCGGGAGAUUGUACUAUCAGCCGCCAAUGUGGAUCUGUUCUCUGUGGCUGUGUUCGGGGCUUACAUCUACUGGUCUGACAGAGCUCAUGCCAAUGGUUCCAUUCGCCGUGGGCUAAAGAGUGAUGCCAGCGAGGCUGUGACAAUGAGGAGUGGUCUGGGUGUCAACCUGAAGGAUGUGAAAAUCUUUAAUAGAGGCCGGGAGAAAGGCACAAACCCCUGUGCAAGGAGUAAUGGUGGCUGUCAGCAGCUCUGUUUUCACCUGGGUAGUGGCAGGAGGACAUGCUCUUGUGCUCAUGGCUACCUGGCAGAGGAUGGCUUUGCCUGCCAGAGAUACGAAGGUUACCUACUCUACUCAGAAAGGACCAUCUUGAAAAGCAUCCACCUCUCAGAUGAGAGUGACCUCAAUUCUCCCCUCCAGCCAUUUGAAAAGCCUGAGUUCUUCAAAAACGUUGUUGCGCUGGCCUUUGACUAUCGUCAGCACACCUCUGACCACAACCGCAUCUUCUUCAGUGACAUCCAUUAUGGGAAUAUUCAGAUGGUUAACGAUGACUGGUCUGGAAGGCAGAUCAUAGUUGACCAUGUGGGCUCUGUGGAGGGCCUGGCCUACCAUCGUGCAUGGGGCACAGUGUACUGGACCAGUUCCACUACAUCCAGCAUCAGCAGACACACAGUGGACCAGAGCAGGCAUGGAGCCUUCAGAAGGCAGCCUGUAGUCACCAUGUCUGAAGAUGACCAUCCACAUGUGUUAGCGCUGGAUGAGUGCCAAAACCUGAUGUUCUGGACUAACUGGAACGAGCAGCGGCCGAGCAUCAUGCGCUCCACACUGGCUGGGAAUAAUAUAAAAGUGGUCAUUAGUGUAGAUGUGUUCACUCCUAAUGGGCUCACUAUUGACAACAAAGCAGAGAAGCUCUACUUUUCUGAUGGGAGCCUGGGAAAAAUUGAACGUUGUGAAUAUGAUGGCUCCAAUAGACACGUUAUUGUAAGGUCAGGAUCUGGGAUGUUUUUUGGUCUGGCUAUUCAUGGGAUCUACAUCUUUUGGUCUGAUUGGGCACGACGGGCCGUGCUCCGAACAAACAAGUUUACUGGAGGAGACACAAAAGUGCUGCGAGCUGACAUCCCUCACCAGCCUAUGGGAAUUAUCGCAGUAGCCAAGGACACCAAUAACUGUGAGUUGUCCCCAUGCAGGGUGCUGAAUGGCGGUUGUGGUGAUCUGUGCCUCCUAACUCCAGACGGCACUGUAAACUGCAGCUGCCGAGGAGAACGAGUCCUGCUAGAUGACAACAGAUGUGUGUCUGAAAACUCCACUUGUAGCAUUCACAGAGAGUUUGAGUGUGGAAACGGGGAGUGCAUCGAUUACCAGCUUACCUGUGAUGGAAUCGCUCACUGCAAAGACAAGUCGGAUGAGAAAAUGCAAUACUGUGAUAACAGGAGCUGCAGAAAGGGCCACAGACUUUGCUACAACAGGCGCUGUGUGGCAAAUAAUCACUUUUGUGAUGGAAUUGAUGAUUGUGGAGACAACUCGGAUGAAGCUUUUUGUAAUAAUUUCACAUGCUCUGCCUCUGAGUCAUCAUGCCAAGAUGGAACUUGCAUACCAAUAUCCUCUUGGUGCAACCAGGUCAUCGACUGUGCUGAUGCAUCUGAUGAAAAGAACUGCAGCAGCACCGAUUGCUCCGAGUUCUACAAAAUGGGGGUCGCAGAAAAGGGUUUCAUCAGUUGCAAUUCCACAUCCUUAUGUAUUCACCCUUCCUGGGUGUGUGAUGGAGCCAAUGACUGCGGGGAUUAUGCAGAUGAGAUGAACUGUCAGGUAUCCCAUGGGCCCAGGUGUGAGGAAGGCCACUUUGCCUGCCCCAGUGGGAACUGCAUUUCCAGCGUCUGGCUCUGCGAUGGCCAGAAGGACUGUGAGGAUGGAGCUGAUGAGUUCCAGUGUGAUUCCUCCUGUCUAUGGAACCAAUUUGCCUGCUCCAAGAACAAGUGUAUAGCCAAGCAGUGGCUGUGUGAUGGAGAGGACGACUGCGGAGAUGGAGUGGAUGAAAGUGAUGAUCUCUGUGGCUCUGUGACAUGUGGCCCCGGAUUGUUCAGUUGUUCUGGGUCUUAUGCUUGUGUGCCCAAGCGCUGGCUCUGUGAUGGAGAAAGGGAUUGUCCUGAUGGCAGUGAUGAACUGGCAGCUGCUGGCUGUGCACCUAAUAACACAUGUGAUGAGAAUGCCUUCAGAUGCCUUAACAAGGCUUGCAUCCCCAAACGCUUUGUGUGUGAUCAUGACAAUGAUUGUGGAGAUGGAUCAGAUGAGUCAGUUGAAUGUGCGUACCGCUCGUGUGGGCCAGACGAGUUCCGCUGCGCUGAUGGCCGUUGCUUACUCAGUGCGCAGUGGGAGUGUGAUGGUUACCCAGACUGCCCAGACCACUCAGACGAGCUCCCCCACAAUCUCAAAUGCCUGGCAGCCGAGAGCCUGUGCAAUGGCUCCUUUUUUAUGUGCUCAAAUGGCCGAUGUAUAUCUGAGACAAGCCUUUGUGACCAGAAAGAUGACUGUGGAGAUCGCUCGGAUGAGAAAAACUGUAACGUUAAUGAGUGCCUCAAUCGACGUGUCAGUGGCUGUACUCAGGACUGCCAGGAUUUACUGGUGGGAUACAAGUGUAAGUGCUGGCCAGGAUUUCACCUGAAGAAUGACGGGAAAAGCUGUGUUGACAUUGAUGAAUGCUCCACCACUCUCCCCUGCAGUCAAACCUGCAUCAACACUUACGGUUCUUACAAGUGUUUAUGUGUGGAUGGUUACGAAGCCUCAAAACACAACCCUGACAGCUGCAGGUCUUUCUCUGCUGAAGAGCCCUUUCUUAUACUUGCCGAUCAUCAUGAGAUCAGAAAACUAAGUGUUGAUGGCUCUAAUUACACUCUCCUGAAACAGGGUCUCAACAAUAUUAUCAGCUUGGAUUUUGACUACAGAAAAGAGUUCAUCUACUGGGUUGACUCAAGUAGACCCAGUGGUCGGAGGAUCAACAGAAUCCGGCUGAAUGGUAGUGAUCUUAAGGUCGUUCACAGAGCAGCUGUACCGAGUGUGCUGGCUGUUGACUGGAUUGGGAAGAAUUUGUACUGGUGUGAUAUAGAAAGGAAGACCUUGGAAGUGUCCAAAUCUAAUGGCCUCUAUCCUACAGUCUUACUGAGCUCUGGCCUACAGAACCCCACAGAUCUGGCGCUUGAUGCUCAAUUAGGGUAUGUGUUUUGGAUCGAUUGCUGUGAACACCCAUAUGUGGGCCGUGCUGGCAUGGAUGGUCAGGGCCAGACUGUGAUCGUGGACAAGGAAAUCUACAGCCCCUCUGCCCUCACCAUUGACUACACCACCAAGAGGAUCUACUGGUCUGAUGACAGCCACAUCCUCUUCGCUAACAUGGAUGGCUCUCAUAGGCACAAGGUUCCUCACAACCACAUCCAGGGUGUGAUGGGGCUGACCUUGUUUGAAGACUUCAUCUAUUGGACAGAUGGCAAAUCGAAGUCUCUCCGCCGUGCUCACAAAACCUCUGGUUCCCAUGCUGUUGAGCUUCUCAAUUCCUGGCAGGCCAUUAAAUCUGUAAUAGUUUAUCACCCUCUGCGCCAGCCUGAGGUGCCCAAACAUCAGUGUCAGGUGGCUAAUGGUGGCUGCAGUCACCUGUGCCUUUUGUCCCCUGGUGGAGGACACAAGUGUGCAUGCCCCACUAACUUCUACCUGGCUUCUGAUGGCAAGUCUUGCUUGUCCAACUGUACAGCUAGUCAGUUCCGCUGCGGCACAGAUGAGUGUAUACCAUUCUGGUGGAAGUGUGACACAGUGGAUGACUGUGGUGAUGGUUCAGAUGAGCCUGCAGACUGCCCUGAAUUCAAAUGCCAGCCUGGGCGUUUCCAGUGUGGAACUGGUUUGUGUGCUCUUCCUCCAUUCAUCUGUGACGGAGAGAAUGACUGUGGUGACAACUCAGAUGAGGCCAACUGUGAUACAUAUAUCUGUCUGUCGGGUCAGUUCAAGUGCAGCAGAAAGCAAAAGUGCAUUCCAUUAAACCUGCGCUGCAAUGGACAGGACGACUGUGGAGACAGCGAGGAUGAGACAGACUGUCCCGAGAGCACGUGUUCACCAGAGCAGUUCCAGUGUAAGGCCACCAUGCACUGCAUCUCCAAGCUAUGGGUGUGUGACGAGGAUCCAGACUGCGCUGACGGCUCUGACGAAGCCAACUGUGAUGAAAAGACCUGUGGACCUCAUGAAUUUCGCUGCGAGAAUAACAACUGCAUCCCAGACCACUGGAGAUGUGACAGCCAGAAUGACUGCGGAGACAAUUCAGACGAGGAGAACUGCAAACCGGUGACCUGUAAUCAUAAGGAUUUUGCCUGUGCCAAUGGGGACUGCAUCUCUGCUCGUUUCCGCUGUGAUGGAGACUAUGACUGUGCCGAUAAUUCAGAUGAGAAGGACUGUGAAGCGCGUUGUGCACAAGACCAGUUCCAGUGCCACAACAACCUCUGCAUUUCAGCUAAGUGGCUGUGUGAUGGCCAGGAAGACUGCAAGACUGGAGAGGAUGAGAGAAACUGCCCUGGAACAGUGCUUCCUUCCUGUUCAAUCAAUGAGUAUGUGUGUGCCAGUGGAGGAUGUGUGUCAGCUAGCCUGAGGUGUGAUGGACAUGAUAACUGUCCUGAUAGCUCUGAUGAAAUAGACUGUGUCAAAGAGUGCAGAGAGGAUGAGUUCCUCUGCAGGAACCAUGCUCACUGCAUCCCAAAACGAUGGCGCUGUGACGAAGUGUUCGAUUGUGUGGAUCACAGUGAUGAGGAAAGCUGUGACCACGGAGCAUUUUUCUGCCGUCCUGAUGAGUUUGUUUGCAACAAUACCCUUUGUAAGCUGCAUUCCUGGGUGUGUGAUGGUGAGGAUGAUUGCGGAGAUAACUCUGAUGAAGAUGCUGAGUUGUGUGCUAAGCUGCCUUGCCCUUUUACAAGGCCACAUCGCUGCAGAAAUGAUAGAGUGUGUUUGCGGCUUGAUCAAAUCUGUAACAGUGUGGAUGACUGUGGUGACUUUUCAGAUGAAGAGCAGUGUGAGGCUGUGUCUGCCAGACCAAAGCCAUGUGGAAAGACUGAGUUUACCUGCAGUAACAAGCACUGUAUACCUGCUCAGCUGCAGUGUGACUUAUUUGAUGAUUGUGGCGAUGGAGGAUCCGAUGAGCAUGACUGCAAGGCCUUUUUGAAUGGAGACAUCUGUGGGAAAAGGAUGAAUCCAUGUGGAGAGGACGCAAUGUGCAAUCAAACAAGUACCAAUGUAACUUGCCAAUGUAAACCUGGAUUUCAAAGGAAUCUCAAGACUAAACGGUGUGAAGAAAUCAAUGAGUGUCUAUAUUUUGGCACUUGCUCACACUAUUGUAUAAAUACUAAAGGAUCAUACAAAUGUACAUGUGACAAAAAUUAUAAGGAUAUCAAUGGCAGUUGUGUAGCUAAAGGACCAGAAGAUCGAGUGCUCUACAUAGCUAAUGACACUGAAAUCCGAAGUUUUGUGUAUCCAUUUAACCAGAGCCAUGGACACAAAGUGCUCGCUCGCAUCGAGGAAAAUGCCCGCAUCAUUGGGAUGGAUGCUCUGUUGCACCAACAAAAGUUUAUCUGGGCUACCCAGUUUAAUCCGGGUGGACUUUUUUACAAAGAAAUCAUAGACAGGAGUCAAACUAAAACAAAUGAUGGAAUAAUAUGCCCAGACUUUCGGCGGCCCAGAGAUGUGGCAGCUGAUUGGGUAACUGGAAAUAUCUACUGGACAGACCAUUCGAGAAUGCACUGGUUCAGCUAUUACACAGCCCACUGGACCAAGCUGAGAUACUCCAUUAAUGUGGGCCAGCUCAAGGGACCCAACUGCACUCGUCUGAUAACUGAUAUUGCUGGAGAGCCUUACGCCAUUGCCAUCAAUCCCGUCAAAGGGAUGAUGUAUUGGUCAGUUAUUGGUGACCACUCACAUAUUGAGGAGUCAGCAAUGGAUGGUUCUAUGCGCAGAGUGCUGCUGGAUAAAAAACUCAGAAGGCCUACAGGAUUAGCACUUGAUUACUUCAGCCAGCAUUUGUACUGGGCUGAUGCAGAGCUUUCGGUCAUUGGGAGUGUGUGUUUGGAUGGCUCAGAUCCACGGGUGGUCAUCGAUGGAAAACAGGGGAUGUCACAACCAUACAGAAUUGACAUUUUUGAGGACCUUAUUUAUGGAACUGACUUGAAGCAUGAAGUAUUUAGGGUUCACAAGUAUGGCAAACAGCCUGUUGAGCUUCUGGAUCCAGCCAUAGAAAAAGCUACACAUGUCAUGAUUGCUCAUCGCUUCAAACAGCAAGAUGUGACUAACCCAUGUGUAAAGAUAACCUGUGACUUCAUGUGCCUGCUCAAUCCAACUGGAGCCAGUUGUGCCUGUCCUGAAGGGAAAACCCUGGUUAAUGGCUCCUGUAUUGAUCCCAACGUAUCAGGCGAGCUGUGUCGGCCUGCCUGUGAGAAUGGAGGCCGUUGUGUGGCCAAUGAGAAAGGAGACUGGCGCUGUUAUUGCUGGCCCGAUUUCUCUGGAGAGCGCUGUGAAAUUAACCACUGCACAGACUACUGCUUAAAUGGAGGCACAUGUACAGGGUCUCCUUUAGGGAAGCCAACAUGUCGCUGUCCUGUGGGCUUCACAGGGUCUAACUGUGAGCGGCGAGUAUGUGAUAAUUAUUGUCUGAAUGGAGGAACAUGUGAUCUCAGCCAGGGAAACCAGCCUGUGUGCCGCUGUUUAGCAGAGUACACAGGUGACCGCUGCCUUUACCACAUCUGUCACCAUUACUGUGUAAACUCUAAAGCCUGCACACUGUCCAGCUCUGGCCAUGUGGAGUGUGUGUGUCCAGCUCGAUAUGAGGGGAUCAAAUGUGACACAGACAAGUGCCUACGAUGCCAUGGUGCACCGUGUAUUAUUGAUGCAGAGACUGGAGAUGUCACCUGCAACUGCACCAGUGGUAGAAUUGCAUCCAGCUGCCAGCUGUGUGAUGGGUACUGCUACAACGGAGGCACCUGCCAUCUGGACCCUGACACCAACCUACCCUUCUGCCACUGCACAGCUGGUUUCAAGAACCAGCGCUGUGAUGAGCUGGCCAACCCCUGUGAUUACUACUGUCAGAAUGAUGGGAUAUGCACAAUAACAUCCCUUAACAAACCCCGCUGCAAGUGUUCAGCCAAUUGGUCGGGGACGCAGUGUGAGCGGCCCGCCCCAAAGAGCAGCCGCUCCGACAACACGCCUGGAGGGAGCAUAGCCAUUAUUGUGCCUCUGGUCCUGCUGGUUAUUUUGAUAACAACUGUCGUGGCUGGGGUCUUCAUCUGCAGAAGGCAGCAGAGGGGCAAGCGAGUACAGAGGCAACCCAUGAGUAACGGAGGCAUUAAUGUGGAGAUUGGCAAUCCAUCCUACAACAUGUACGAGGUGGAGCAUGAUAACCACACUGAUGCAGGGAGCUUUCUUAAACCAAAUUUCACACUGGAUCCACAAAAGGGGUGGUGUGUAAAAUCCAGUGACCCUCGCACUCUGAACAUACACUCUAUACCUAAAGAAGUUAUACCUGGACAGCCUAUGAACUACUCCAACCCAGUGUAUGCCAAGAUAUACAUUGAUGGACAGAACUGUCGGAAGCCAGUCAUCAGCAUUGAUGAAAGGAGAGAGCUUCUCCCAAAGAAACUAGAGGGGACAAUUCGGGAAACCGCCGCAUAGCCUGAAUUUACACUUUGUACUCUUUUUUUACGUGAGUGUACAAAAUGUAUAAAAUGUGGAGAAAAAAAAAAGAAUUUUCUAUUUCCUAUCAGGUCCUGCUAAUGUACUUAGGUUUGCUUCUUUGUUCGGCAGCAUCGUUACCUCUCCAUGUGCGAUAAACUUUGGACUCCAUAUAUGUCCUCGCCAUUAGUUUCUGUUGUUGUUUGUUUUAUUGUUGUUGUUGUUUUUUUUUUUUUGUUGUUGGAUAUAUUACAUAUACUGCACAGUAUAUUUGCAGAUUACCCAGCCUUUAACAAAGAAACGACAGCAGCAAAACUAUUUCACCCCCAAAAACCAUGUAUUUUGCCUUACGGUGUUAACUCAGAGAUGGUGUGGGAUUUGUUUUAUGUUAUUUACUUUGCACCAUCCACCAUAGUUUUAUUAUUGUCUUUCAAUAUUCAUUUAUUUUGCACUUAAAUUAUGCUCCACUAAUGUGAAACUAUAUA